AACCCGGGAGGCGGCGGGCGGGGAAGGGGAGAGGCAAGGAGGCCGGGGAGCCGUGCGGGACGGGGAGCCCGGGCUGGGGCCGGGGAGCCGCGGCGCGGCCAGCACCCGGACCCGGGACAGCCUCCCCGCUACCCCCUCCCCAGGCGCCCCCCAGCCAUGAAGACCCCGGCGGACACAGGCUUCGCCUUCCCCGACUGGGCCUACAAGCCCGAGUCCUCGCCGGGCUCCCGGCAGAUCCAGCUGUGGCACUUCAUCCUGGAGCUGCUCCGCAAGGAGGAAUACCAGGAUGUCAUCGCGUGGCAGGGGGACUACGGCGAGUUCGUCAUCAAGGACCCCGACGAGGUGGCCCGCCUGUGGGGUGUCCGCAAGUGCAAGCCCCAGAUGAACUAUGACAAGCUGAGCCGGGCCCUGCGCUACUACUACAACAAGCGCAUCCUUCACAAGACCAAGGGCAAGAGGUUCACCUACAAGUUCAACUUCAACAAGCUUGUGCUGGUCAACUACCCAUUCAUCGACGUGGGGCUGGCAGGUGGGGCCGUGCCUCAGAGCGCCCCGCCGGUGCCCUCUGGCGGGGGCCACUUCCGAUUCCCCCCGUCCACGCCCUCGGAGGUGCUGUCCCCCACGGAGGACCCUCGCUCGCCUCCGGCCUGCUCGGCCUCCUCGUCAGCCUCUUCCCUCUUCUCGGCCGUGGUGGCCCGGCGUUUGGGCAGAGGCUCCGUCAGCGACUGCAGCGACGGCACCUCGGAGCUGGAGGAGGCCCUGGUGGAAGACCCCAGGGCCCGUCCUCCAGGACCCCCGGAGCUGGGUGCCUUUCGGGGACCCCCUCUGGCCCGACUGGCCCCCGACGCAGGCGUCUUCCGGGUCUAUCCCCGGCCCCGUGGGGGACCCGAGCCCCUGAGCCCCUUCCCCGUGUCUCCCCUGGCCGGCCCCGGCUCCCUGCUCCCCCCCCAGCUCUCCCCGGCCAUGCCCGUGACCCCCACCCACUUGGCCUACAGCCCCUCCCCCACGCUGAGCCCCAUGUACCCCGGGGGGGGCGGCAGCUCUGGGGGGGGCUCCCACUUCUCUUUCAGCCCGGAGGAUAUGAAGCGCUACCUCCAGGCUCACACCCAGAGUGUCUACAACUACCACCUCAGCCCCCGAGCCUUCCUGCACUACCCGGGGCUGGUGGUCCCCCAGCCCCAGCGCCCAGACAAGUGCCCGCUGCCACCCCUGGCCCCCGAGACGCCACCUGCCCCGUCCUCGGCCUCCUCGUCCUCCUCGUCCUCCUCGUCUUCCCCCUUCAAGUUCAAGCUGCAGCCCCCACCCCUGGGCCGGCGGCAGCAGCGCGAGCGUGAGAAGCCCCCCCUGGCAGGGGACCCCCCGGCUCCUGGCCCGGCCCCCCCCCAGAUCAAGGUGGAGCCCAUCUCAGAGGGCGAGUCGGAGGAGGUGGAGGUGACCGACAUCAGCAGCGAUGACGACGAUGAGGACGGAGAGGUGUUCAAGGCUCCCCGGGUGCCCCCUGCGCCCCCCAAGGCCGAGCCCGGGGAGCCCCCUGGCCCCGCCCAGUGCAUGCCCCUCAAACUGCGCUUCAAGCGGCGCUGGAGCGAGGACCGCCGCCUGGAGGGGGGUGGGGGAGUCGGGGGGCCAGAGGAGGACGACAAGAAGGUCCGGGCCGGGACCCCUGCGGCCCCCAGGCGGGUCAGCGCCGACCUCCAGCAUGCCACUGCCCAGCUCUCCCUGGAGCACCGCGAUUCCUGAGGGGGCUGCCCCGUUCUCUGCUGCCUUAAUUCUGCCCUCUCCCUGGUCCCAGAGGGGGGGCAGGGGAGCAGACAGCUCUCGGGGAUCCUUCCCAGGCCGGGGUACAUUCCUGGGCCCCUCUUCUGGACCCUUGCCUUCUCCCCCUCCCUUUUGUAUAAACUUAACUUUGGUUUUUUCUUUUUUUAAAUGGGUGGGAGUGGGGGACCCUGGGUCGGUGGGGGGCCCCUCAGGGCUCCCCCACCCCAUUCAGACGCGCACAGGAAUUUAAGAUAAUUGCAGCUUAGGAAAUGAAGCCUUGACCUCCCUCCCCUCCCACCCCCCUUCGCGGGCCACAGCACAGUCUCUCAGUCCCUGCCCGGCGGGGGUCAGUGCCUGGGCCGGCCUUGCCUGCCGGGCUGGACGAAGGGAGGGAAUAACUUUGUACUUAACCAAAAAAUUCUUGGGGUGGGGAGGGAGGUGGCAUCGCCCUCCUGGGGGCCACGAGUCUCUCUCUCUCUCUACAAGUGCCUACUGCCCCCUCCCGACCCCCACGGCCCGCCUGCCCGCCCGCCCCUCACCCACGCUCCUGCCAGGGGGCCCAAACCAAACACAACUGGAACUUGGGGGGUGGGGAGGGCGGGUGGGGGGGACUCAGUCAGCCUUAUUCUGUAUAGUGGGGGGUGGGGGGCGGGCGGGCGGGGGACACCUGGAGAAUGUAUCCAAAACAAUAAAAUUUUGGGAUCUUUACACGGUGUGUGGCUGCCUGGCUGCCCCCAGCCUACUGGAGGCUUUGUCGGGCACGCGAUGGAGUUCGGCCACUUCCCAGAGCCUGGCUGGGGUCAUCUCGGGCUCUUGGGCCCAGCUCUGAAGCUGCCCGAGCCCCCCACUUUGCAGGGGACCUCCUCUUCCUCCAGGCUCAGUCAGGCCCCCUUCCCGCCCUGCCAGUGGGCUGCCUUCAUUUGUUUCUAACCGGGGUCAGGUUUGGCAGCAGAGCCACCGAGGCCAGGCACUGGGCUUAGGGGACUUGCCCAGGGUCGUGCUUGAAAGUGUCUAAGGCCACAUUUGAACCCAGGUCCUGCUUCUAGGCCUCUGGUCCUCUAGCACCGGGAGGCCCCCCCCCCCUUUUCUGGGCCUUAGUUUUCUCUUCCGUAAAAAUGGGGACCAUCGUGGGGUCCCAGGCCUGCCGGGCUGAGCCCUGGUGCCCACCCUUGUCUAGGCCCUGAGUGGCUUGGAGGUAGGAUGGAGGAGAAAGGGAGUCGCUGAGGAGGAAACUGAGGCCUCCCAGCGCCGCCUGGGCCACUGCAGUCUCCUGGGUGAUGUAAGUCGCUCCCAGGGGUGGGGGCCGCCGGGGGUGGAGGCGCCCGGCUA